AUGUCGGUCACGGAGUUCAGCCUCUUGCGAUGGCUGCGAGAACGGAGACAGUCACGGAAAUUAAUCCUUCUGAUCGUAUUUAUCGCUUUGCUGCUGGAUAACAUGCUGCUCACCGUAGUUGUUCCCAUCAUUCCCAGCUACUUGUACACCAUGGCACAUGAAUCAAACAGCAGUGUCCACCAAGAGGGUUCAAGUCUGUCUGCAUCCAGCAGCUUCCAGACCAUCUUCUCCUACUAUGACAAUAGCACCCUGUUCAUCGCAAAUGCCACAACUGAGUCACUGCUCCAAGUCAAGGAAGCAACACCACCAUCUGUACUCCCCAGUGCUGUGCCAACAUCAUUGCCCCAAGGCUGACUCAAACUUACUCAAUGAAAAUGUCAAAGUUGGUUUAUUGUUUGCAUCGAAAGCCACCGUCCAGCUGCUGACCAAUCCCUUCAUCGGGCCUCUAACCAACAGGAUUGGUUACCAGAUCCCCAUGUUUGCUGGUUUCUGCAUCAUGUUCCUCUCAACCAUCAUGUUCGCAUUUUCUGGGAGUUACGUUUUACUUUUCAUAGCGAGAUCCCUGCAAGGAAUCGGCUCAUCGUGCUCCUCUGUCGCAGGGAUGGGCAUGCUGGCCAGCGUCUACACCGAUGAUGAGGAGAGAGGGAACGCCAUGGGCAUUGCAUUGGGAGGACUAGCAAUGGGCGUAUUAGUGGGACCACCUUUUGGAAGCAUCUUGUACGAAUUUGUGGGGAAGACGGCUCCAUUCCUUGUGCUGGCAAUUCUGGUUCUCUUUGAUGGUGCUCUCCAGCUCUUCAUCCUCCAACCAUCCAGAGUUCAGCCAGAGAGCCAGACUGGGACCUCUCUGGUCACACUCCUAAGGGACCCCUACAUCCUGAUUGCAGCAGGCUCCAUCUGUUUUGCCAAUAUGGCCAUCGCUAUGCUGGAACCAGCACUGCCCAUCUGGAUGAUGGAGACAAUGUGUUCCCGGAAAUGGCAGCUAGGUGUGGCCUUCCUCCCGGCCAGCGUCUCUUAUCUCAUCGGAACCAAUAUCUUCGGGCCUCUGGCUCAUAAGAUGGGCAGGUGGCUGUGCGCCUUCAUCGGGAUGAUAAUGGUGGGAAUAAGCAUCAUCUGUGUGCCAUUUGCCAAGAACAUCUAUGGAUUAAUAGCACCAAAUUUUGGCGUUGGAUUCGCGAUCGGUAUGGUGGACUCAUCCAUGAUGCCAAUUAUGGGUUAUCUGGUGGAUCUACGCCACGUCUCGGUCUACGGCAGUGUCUACGCCAUUGCAGAUGUAGCCUUUUGUAUGGGGUUUGCAUUGGGGCCAUCUGCUGGGGGUGCUAUAGCUAAAUCUAUCGGAUUCCCAUGGCUGAUGACAAUCAUUGGAAUCGUGGACAUAGUAUUCGCUCCCCUAUGUCUAUUCCUUAGAAGUCCUCCUGCCAAGGAAGAGAAGAUGGCGAUCCUCAUGGAGCAGAACUGUCCGGUGAAGAAGCGGAUGUACACCCAGAACAGCACGCAGUCCUAUUACGCUGCUGCGGAGGAGUCCGAGAGUGAUGAAUGA